AUGGCCAAGACCAAGAAAUCUGUGCAUUCCUCCCCAGUCCUCAUCGACGGCCAUGUGUCGUCAGAGCAAUGUGCGCUAGCGGUCGAGGCGCUGCAUCAGCACUUCGGAAAGCAGGAGAAGGCACGCGAAGAGACAGACCUACUGCCAGUCAAAGAGCAGCACAUCUGGCUCAACCUGACCGUCAAAAAAAUCGCCUCUGCCCACCGUUUCAAACCGAUUAAAAUUCCCAUUACUCACCCUAUCGUCGACCCACGCGUGGAGGCGGUCUGUCUUCUCACGAAAGAUCCACAGCGCAAAUAUAAAGACUUGUUAGAGGAGCAUGGGAUCAAGUUCAUCUCUCGGGUUGUGGGUAUCGAAAAACUCAAGGGCAAGUUCAAGCCUUUCGAAGCGAGGAGACAGUUGCUCAAACAUAAUGGAUUGUUUCUUGCGGAUGAACGGAUUGUUCCAUUACUUCCUAAGUUGCUUGGGGUCAAAUGGUUUGAGGCGAAAAAACCUAUACCUGUGUGCUUGACGAGGAAAGAUCUCAAGGCAGAAUUAGAACGUGCAAUCUCGUCGACGUAUAUGAACCAAAAUCAAGGCACUUGCACAGCUAUUAAAAUAGCCAAGUUACCUACACAUACGCCAGCCCAAACUAUUGCUAAUUUGACGAGGGCACUUCCCGCUGCUGUUAACGCGAUUAAAGGUGGCUGGGAGAAUGUGCAAAGUUUGCUACUGAAAACCAACUCGAGCCCGGGAUUACCAAUAUGGAGCUGCGAUUUAGGAGAGAGUCGCUGGGUCGGAUUGGAAGAAAAGAUGGAGGAGAGUGAAAUCAAAGAAGUGCAGGCGGGUGGCGCAACCAAGGGUAAAAAAAGAGCUGCAGAUUCGGAUGGAGAUGAGGUUAGGUCUGUCAAAACCGGAGCAGUUGGGAUUGACCAGCCAAACGAGGGCGUGGAGACAAAACCGAAGAAGAAAAAGGCCAAAUAUCUAGAUGACUCGCUGCCAUCCAAACGACAAUCACCCGAUUCGCAGGUCGACGUUCGAAUCAGCAGCACCAAGAUAACAACGAAGAAAGAAUCGACUGAAAAGACGAAAAAGAGAGCGGAGCAAAAAGAGGACGUGCAGCUACCUGAUACCCAGGUUGACGCGCGAAUCAGCAGCAGCAAGGUAUCAACGAAGAAACAGUCGACCGAACAGGAGAAAAAAAAAGCGGAGCCAAAGCAACCAAAUGAUGACGUGCCGCCCCCCGAUACCCUUGGAAUCAGCAGCAACAAAAUAUCGACGAAGAAAGAAUCGACUGAAAAGGUGAAAAGGAGAGCGGAGAGCAAACUACCGGAGGCAAAACAACAGAAUGAUGACGUGCAGCCCCCGCCUCCGAUAGCGACAACGUCCACCGACCUGAAGCAAAAGCGACAUGGCGAGCGCAAGAAAGAGGUGAUCGUGGGUGGAAAGGGGAAAAGGAGCAAAAACGUGAAGAAUUCGGUGAUUGGUCGGAAAGCAGGCCAGUAA